AUGCACAAUCUUGCCUUACGAUACUAUAAUGGUGAAGGGACAGAAAAGGACUUGGGAAUGGCCUUUCACUGGUUUCAGAAAGCAGUAGAAAAGGGCUAUGAAAGGUCAAUGCACAGUCUUGCCUUAUGUUAUGAAAAUGGUGAUGGGACAGAGAAGGACUUGGAAAUGGCCUUUCACUGGUAUCAGAAAGCAGCAGAGAAGGGUAAUGAAAAGUCAAUGCACAAUCUUGCUUUACAAUACUACUAUGGUGAAGGGACAGAGAAGGACUUGGGAAUGGCCUUUCACUGGUAUCAGAAAGCAGCAGAGAAGGGCUAUGAAGGGUCAAUGCACAGUCUUGCCUUACGAUACUACAAUGGUGAAGGGAUAGAGAAGGACUUGGGAAUGGCCUUUCACUGGUAUCAGAAAGCAGAAGAGAAGGGCUAUGAAGGAUCAAUGCAUGGUCUUGCCCUACAAUACUACAGUGGUGAAGGGACAGAGAAGGACUUGGGAAUGGCCUUUCACUGGUAUCAUAAAGCAGCAGAGAAGGGCUAUAAAAGGUCAAUGCACAGUCUUGCCUUAUGUUAUGAAAAUGGUGAAGGGACAGAGAAGGACUUGGGAAUGGCCUUUCAAUGGUAUCAGAAAGCGGCAGAGAAGAGCUAUGAAAGGUCAAUGCAUGGUCUUGUCUUAUGUUAUAAUAACAUUAAUUGGUUAGAAAAAUCAGCAGAGAAGGGUGAUGAAGGGUCAAUGCACAAUCUUGCCUUACGAUACUAUAAUGGUGAAGGGACAGAAAAGGACUUGGGAAUGGCCUUUCACUGGUUUCAGAAAGCAGUAGAAAAGGGCUAUGAAAGGUCAAUGCACAGUCUUGCCUUAUGUUAUGAAAAUGGUGAUGGGACAGAGAAGGACUUGGAAAUGGCCUUUCACUGGUAUCAGAAAGCAGCAGAGAAGGGUAAUGAAAAGUCAAUGCACAAUCUUGCUUUACAAUACUACUAUGGUGAAGGGACAGAGAAGGACUUGGGAAUGGCCUUUCAAUGGUAUCAGAAAGCGGCAGAGAAGAGCUAUGAAAGGUCAAUGCAUGGUCUUGUCUUAUGUUAUGAAAAUGGUGAAGGGAUAGAGAAGAAUUUGGAAAAAGCAUUUUAUUGGCACAAAAUGGCUCCAGAUAAUUUUAAAAUUAACAACUUAUGUAAGGAAUGCAAUCAAUUAUAUAUUGAUUACAAAUGGUGCCAACAAUGUAAUAUUAAACAAUUUCAGCAAGAUUUUUCAAAAUGGACUAGUAAAAAUAAAUUUAUUGAUAAAUUUAUUCAAGAAGCACAACUAAAUGCUAAAAGUAAUUAUGAAGUUUUAGAAUGGAUACCUUAUAAUAAAUUAAAUAAUAUUAAUUAUUAUGAUAAAGGAGGAUUUAGCGAAAUUUAUAGGGCUAUCUGGUUAGAUGGACCUAUUGAUAGUUGGAACUUUGAUGAACAACAAUGGAAUAGAUGGACUGAAUAUGAAGUUAUUCUUAAAAAUCUUAAUAAUUCAUCAAGUUUAAGUGAUAAAUUUUUAGAUGAGGUAUAG